AUGACUGGUGACAGCAUUGGGAAUUCCGACGGUGAUUUGACACCGGAUACUAUAUCGCUUGGAGAGAUAGCCGGUGUAAGGGAAAGUCACAGGCUGCCGAAUGUCUCUCAGUCGUACAAAAAGCUGAGCAUUCAGCGAGCCACCUGCCUAUCUUACUCAGAAUCCGCUUCGCCGAACGACAAUCUAAGCAACAAGCAGCAACAACAACAAAACAAGGAACACACGGAGCUACUACCCAGCGAAUCACCACCAACAGCCUCAACUAAGCCCAACCUAAAGAAUAGAGUUAACCACAAGGUUAAAAGUCCAAGGCUUGGAAGGCACGCCUUAGACCAAGACUAUGUCCCAUGGUUCAAUGAACCAGGUCCAGGGGUUACCAAACAUAGAAUGAAAGACCAUAGGAUUGUUCUGCAUCUUAAUCAAAUAUGUCAACGUAGGCAAACGCAACUAGCCUUGCCCAUAAGGCUAACAUCCUCUCCAACACAGAGCAAGCCACAUAAUGCCCACCUCGACCGCUUACCCCACCGCCAAAAGCGGCAGAACUCGUUCGACCUCGCAACGAAAAGUGUGGAUAUAGACGGCUAUAGACGGAUAUAUUUUUCAUCCACCUCCGAAACGACGAGUCAGCAUUCUAAAAUGGUCGCUACAAAGAUUACUAGACAUAGGUUUUUUGCAGAGAUGGAGUUGGGUAUUACCGUCUUGUUCUUGGUGGUCUUCAUUUUAUUUUGCGUUGAACAACUGAACAACACACAAGGAACUCAACACUGA